AUUCCACCACCUGCAGUGCCAGUGUGCAGCACACAGUGGUAAGCAUAUCUAGGCUCGCUCCUGUUGCAUGGCGCUGCAAUUCAUGACACUAGGUGCUUAAGUUCGCAAGUGACUCAGAUGGCCUCUCGCCGGAGGGUUGAGGAGAGCGUGUGGGUGGCGGACGUGGACGCGGCGCUGAGCGGCCAUGACCCGUCGACGGAGUCGUCUCAGUGGCAGUGGCACUGCAUCUACCGCGUGCCAGCGUGCAUCAAGCACCUGAAUCUCAAGGCCUACCAGCCGCAGGUGGUGUCCCUGGGCCCUUUCCACCACGGCGAGCCGCACCUGCUGCCCAUGGACGUGCACAAGCGCCGGUCGCUCCUCCACUUGCUCCGGCGCGCGCGCAAGCCACUGUCGGAGUUCGUGGUGGCCGUGGCCGGCGUGGCGGAGCAGCUGGAGGGCGCGUACCAGGGCCUCGCCGACGACUGGCGCGGCGCCCUCGGCUGCGAGGAGGAGAGGAGGGAGAGGUUCCUCGAGAUGAUGGUCACCGACGGGUGCUUCCUGCUGGAGGUGAUGAGGACGGCGUCCGGUUUCGAGGUGAACGACUACGCGCCCAACGACCCCGUCUUCAGCAACCACGGCCUGCUCUACACCGUGCCCUACAUCCGCCGCGACAUGAUCAUGAUCGAGAACCAGCUGCCGCUCCUCGUCCUCCACAAGCUCCUCGCCGUCGAGACCGGCAAAGAUGAGCAGAACGAGGAGUUGAUCAACCGGAUGGUGCAGAGGUUUCUAACCCCGGCUGCUUGGCCUCCGGCGACCGGCGUCGGACUGGCGCUCCACCCGCUGGACAUCCUCCGCCGGAGCCUGCUCUACGGCCCCACGCAGACGGCUCCCCCCGCGCCUCCGGAUUACGCGGUCCCGGACGACAUCAUCCGGUCCGCCGAGGAGCUCUACGAGGCGGGCGUUCGGUUCAAGCGGAGCCGGACGAGCAGCCUCCUGGACAUCAGCUUCCACCGCGGCGUGCUCCGCCUGCCGGCCAUCGUGGUGGACGACACCACGGAGUACAUGCUCCUGAACCUGAUGGCGUUCGAGCGGCUGCACGCCGGCGCCGGUAACGAGGUGACCGCCUACGUCUUCUUCAUGGACAACAUGAUCGACACGGCGGCGGACGUGGCGCUGCUGACCUGCAGGAGGAUCGUCCACAACACGGUGGGCAGCGACAAGGCGGUGGCGAAGCUCUUCAGCGGGAUGUCGAGGGACGUGGUGCUGGAGCCGCAGAGCGCGCUGGACGACGUGCACCGCCAGGUGAACGCCUACUGCCGGAAGAGGUGGAACCGCUGGCGCGCCAACCUGGUGCACACCUACUUCAAGAGCCCCUGGUCGUUCCUCUCCCUCGCCGCCGCUGUCUUCCUCCUCGGCAUGACCAUCAUGCAGACCGUCUACACCGUGCUACAGUUCUACCAGGAUGCCACCACCAGCUAGCUUAUAUCUAAGCUAUAAGUUCCACUUCUACCUUGUUCGAUUUACUCCUGAUAUUUGAGUGAAGCGUGUUUGAUCACGGUGUGGCUUUUAUCGAUAAUGUUUUAGUUGCAUCAGUUCAUGACUGUGAUGACAUUACUCAUAUGAUGUUGUCGUAGAAAAAUGAGAAUAAUAUUUUGAUCCGUGUUCAACUUACCGGGUAGCUCUUAUCCUCA